GUGGAUCUUAGAGAAUAGCUGUGCUACGUGGACACGGUGGACUGGGACCUCAUCGCCACCACGGGCUCCAACUUCGUCGUCCCGGCCAAGGACAGGAGCGUCUGUCCCGGUUGCGGCCACUGCCCGCCCAGGGGGAACUGCUGGUCCAGGGCUCACUGCCAGAAUGGGGUACUGACUGUCACUCAGAGUGCAUGGGCGGCUGCACGGGACCUUCUCCUGAAGAGUGCACCGCCUGCAAGAACUUUAUCCACGGCAAGAACUGCGUCUCUUCAUGUCCGCCAUCCACGUGAGUAUGAAUUUGAAAAUAAACGGUGUGUGACAAAAGACGAAUGCCUGGCAAUGAAUAACACCUUAUUAAGACCAGGCAAGACGGAAACUAAAGAAAAUUGGUUCGUAUGGGAAUCACUGUGUGUGAAUUCUUGCCCACGAGGAUUGGAAAGAGAUCAGCUGCUUGGCUGCAAGAAAUGCCCUGGGAGAUGCGAGAUGUACUGCAAAGGAGCCAACGUGGAGUCGAUCCAGUCUGCACAGCAGCUUCGCUACUGCACGCACAUCAACGGGUCGCUGGUAAUACAGCUGAGGAGCGGCAACCAGUCCUUCAUUCAAAAAGAGCUAGAGGAGAACUUGGGUCAUAUAGAAGAAAUUAUGGGUUUCCUGAAAAUUGUCCGCUCUUUUCCAUUGGCCAACUUGAAUUUCUUGAUGAAUCUGCGAGUCAUCCACAGUUCGAAGAUAUUCAGCGAUCCGAUGAACCUGUCCUUCAUCAUGCUCGAAAAUCAGAAUCUUCAAACUAUCUGGGAUUGGGACAACAGGCCUGCCAAGAGAAAUUUCACCAUCCGCUCCGGCCGAUUGUUCUCCCAUUACAACCCUAGUCUGUGUUUGAAACACAUUUAUGAAUUGGGCAAAAUCGCAGGAAUUGAAAAAAUUACAAAUUCUGAAGUAGCGAAAGAAUCCAAUGGUAACAAAUUUGCUUGUAAUAUAAUAGAUUUGAACAUAAAAAUUCACUUUAGAAAUAGUACUAGUAUUACCAUUCUCAUCGGCCCUCCAAAGUUUCGUGAUUCUGAAAAUCAGGAGAAUUAUCUGUUGAGAUAUUUGGCUUAUUAUAUCAAAGCUGCUUUUAAAAAUGUCACUGCCGAUUAUGAGACCAACGAAUGUGGUACCUACCGUUGGUCAGUAGACGACGUAAUGAACUACCCAGAGAAAAAUUCGACGAAAGGUGUGUAUCAUACACUGACUAACCUGGAACCUAAUACUCAAUAUGCAAUAUUUGUCAAGACUUACACGAUCGAGAGUACGGGAGGCCAAAGCACAAUAUUGUAUGAAACAACACUUCCGAGCAAACCGACGCCUCCAGUGGAGCUACACGGUGCCAGUUUCUUCAGUGACAGUAUACUCCUCGAUUGGGAACCACCUCAAAGGAAAAACGGUCAUAUUUCUGAAUACAUAGUCACAGGCUUUCCUAGAGAUGAAGAAACCAAAAUGCUGAAUGACUUAGAUUUUUGUUUAGAAUCUUUAAGGGAUACGUUGUCAAAUAAAAAACCUGAAGUAACCACAAUACUGCCGGAAUUCAAGACUCAAAUUGGUGUAGAAAAACAUGACUGUUGUGAAGACGAAGAACCUAUUAUAAAGCUUGAACAACCCGAACCUAUCUGUCAGAACAAAAAUUUGAAAGAAGCAAAAGUUGCUUCGCCAUUUAUAAAUUCCAAGGAAGAUGCCAGUUGUGAAAAAUAUUUUUACUCUCUAUUGGAAAAUAAUAUAUUAAAAACAGAAAAUCACCUCAAUAGGCGAUAUGUAGACUAUAAAAAAAAAUUUGUCAAUGAUUUAGAUGAUGUAAAAAAGAAAAAUCACCUGUUCACAAUUUAUGAAGUUGUUCCAGGAAACAGAACAAACAUUACCAUAAAAAAUCUUGACCACUUUAUGCUUUAUACAUUCGAGGUCAGAGCUUGUCGGGAAAUGGAUCCUGCAGAAGAAAUGAUAACAGACAAAGAGAGGUGCAGCACCUCAUCCACUGUUACCAUAAGGGCACUUCCAAAACUGGGUGCUGAUGAUAUAUCUUGGCUCGUCGCCCAAGUUAACAACAGGUCUGUCCAACUUAAGUGGGAUGUUCCUAGCAAGCCCAACCUUAUGAUAUUUGCCUUUGAUAUAGAAUAUCGGAGAACUGACAUACCGAAUUUCCGACCAAUUAUAGACUGCGUCAAGGUUCACGAUUACCGAACAAAAGGAAGUUACUACCUUCAUGGCCUCGACAUCGGCCAAUAUUCAGUUAGGGUGAGGGCUGUUUCUCUCGCAGGGGUAGGGAAUUUCACCGAAUACAAGUUCAUAUCCAUUUAUGAAUUCUCAUCAAAAAAUAUCAUAUUGAUAGUUGUAGGCGUGGCGAUAUGUAUCAUAGUUGUAGCUGCAUUGGCUGCUUCUGUUGCCUUCUUUUGGAAAAGAAUUACAAUGAGAAGUGAAAUUUUAAUAGCUUCAGUUAAUCCCGAAUAUCUUGGCCUUCCUGUUGUGGAUGAGGAAUGGGAACUACCAAGAGAGAGGAUCCAAGUCUUAAGAGAAUUGAAAAGGGGAAAUUUUGGCAUCGUUUGCGAAGGUAUUCUACUUCCUGAAGAAAAACGUGUUGCAGUAAAAAAAGUAGUUGAAACUGCAGGUGAUAGAGAUUGUGUUGCGUUUCUAAAUGAGGCUGCAGUUAUGAAACGCUUUACUUCAGCGUAUCAUAUAGUCAAAUUGAUAGGAAUCGUUUCGAGAGAUUGGCCCCAAUUGGUCGUCAUGGAAAUGAUGCAUCACGGGGACUUGAAAACAUAUCUUCGGGAGUGCAGGAAUAUCAAGCCCCCCCUGCCACAGCAAAUGCUACUCAUGGCAGCGCAGAUUGCCGAUGGCAUGGCAUUCAUGGAAAGAUCUAAGCACGUCCAUAGGGACCUUGCAGCAAGGAAUUGUAUGAUAAGGGAAGACUUAGUCGUCAAAAUAGGAGACUUCGGCAUGGCCAGGGACAUCUACGAGACUGACUAUUACCGGAAAGGCAACAAAGGACUCCUUCCGAUCCGCUGGAUGGCUCCUGAGAGCCUCAAUGAUGGAAUCUUUUCCAGUAAAUCAGAUGCCUGGAGUUAUGGAAUUGUACUCUGGGAAAUGGCAACUCUAGCUUCGCAGCCGUAUCAAGGAAUGUCCAACGAACAGGUGCUAGCUCAUGUUGUUUCGGGUAACAAACUGGACUUACCACCUAUCUAUCCAAAACCGUUUAAAACGCUGAUGCUUUGGUGCUGGAAGUGGAAGCCUAAGUUUCGCCCGAGCUUCUUGCAGAUCCUGGGUGAGCUGCACGAGUACACAACCAAAGGGUUUAGAGAAGUGUCCUAUUAUGACAGUCCUGAGGGCAGGGAGGCUCUUGAAGCCCUCUCUUGCGAACUUCAACAUGGUCGCCUAGAACUGACUGCUAAUACUGCUUCUGCUUCGUUCCACACUGCCAACGAAAAUACUGCUUUGUCUGUUCGUAAUUAGGUAAAAGACACUAUUGUCCAACAUUGAUAAAUUUUGACCAAUUUGUAAAUGUUCUACUGACAAUAUGUCUUGAAAUAACAUUCCAUCUUUGUCAAUAUAUUAUUUUUUUAUAAUGUUUAAGUGCCAUAAAUUGAUAAAAAGAACAAAUUAAGACUGCAAAGAAUAAAUUAUUACUUAUUUUCGAUCCAGUAGCCAACACAUCUUUUCCUAUUUUUUUCUUUUAAUUGAUUUAUUAGUAUUACUUUUAUUUGAAUUAAAAGAUAUUCUCUUAGUUUUCAUGAAACAUCUCAGAUAUAAUAGUAUUUGCAAAAUUUCAAUGAAUAUAAAUUGUGAUAUUGGAAAUGAAACUAUUAUAAACUGAUUUAUGUAUUUUUAUAAAUUUGUUGGAUAAAUUGAAAUAAUAUUCCAUCCAUGACAAUAUUACAUUCUAUGCAGGGUCCAGUUUCCUCCACAGUUGAUAAACAUUUUGAAAUGAAUAAAAAUUAAAUUAACAUUUUUUGUUAAGUUUCGUACUUUAAUUCAUAAUUAAAUUAAGGAUCUCCUUGUCCGUUUGAUAUCCUUAUUCUCAAUUAUUUUAUUUCUAAAAUAAUAAUUAUUUUGACAUAUUUGAAAUAAUUUUUUUUUAAAUAUUCAUUAAUUGAUAAAUAUGAUUGCAUUUUUUAGUGUAAAAACAUAUGUUUUUAAAUCAAGUUAUCUCAAUUUAAGUACACUAAGUACAUUUGUAAGUUCUUACAUAACAAAGCAGUAUUUUCGUAACAACUAUGAUUUUUAAAUUGACCUCAUUCGCUGACAUGAUUAGAUUGCAGUAGUUAAUGUUAUCUCUAGUCAUUUGCGUUUAUCAGUUUCAUAGAAGUGUUUGUUCCUCUUUCUAGUUGAGUCUUUUAGUUUUGUAAUUUAAAUAUGUACAUAUUUUUUUAUAAGUGUACAUUUGUAUUUUUAACAUUUGUAAGUGCUUUACAUGUGAUGGAACUGAGUUGGUCUUGUUAAGAUAUAUAACUCCUUUUAUUUUUGUUAUUAAAAUUAUAUUUUAUAAAAAAAAUGUAUAUGAAAAGAGAAAAACGUAAAGACCUAGUUUUUAAAUGUAAAUAGAAUCUAAACUUACACUUGACCAAAAGUUAUUGCUCAUUGUUGUUUAAUUCGAUAAAAAUAUAAUAAGUCAUAAACCGAAUUCAUUCUAUUAUACUUUUAUUUUUCAAAUUUUAGUCUGUAUUACACUUUAUAUUUUUCUAAUUCGCAAAUCUAAAAUGUUGAUUUUUGAAAGUUAAAUAUUACAAUAACCUUAAUUAAUUGAUAAAUGCUUCAAAAUUGUAAUUUGCAAAUUGUUUUAUAAUUUUUUUUCUUUUUUUAUAGUUGAUAAUGAGAUAAAGAAUUCAUGUUCAUUUUGUGCAAUUUGGAAUAAAAGUGAAAAGUAAAUUUGUUAAGGUUUUUAAUUUUGAUUAUUUUUUGUUCCGUAAUAUUUAAAAUUCUGUACACAUUCAUUAUUUAAAAGUUUUUUAUUCAUUCGAUAAAUGAAAAUUCUAAUUUUGUUGAAAUCAAAACUACUACUUUCAUGAGUUGAUAAGAAAAACAUCAACGAUUCAUUUAUUGAAAUUCUUGAAUUAGAUAACAAACUAUUUUAAUUCUCUACUGUGAUAUAAUACAAGACAUUAUACAACUCCUAAAAUAUAAAUAAUCUUUUUUUUUUACUUAUUCCGCUCCAAAAAUUAUACUUUCAAAAAUGUCCCUAAAAAUAUAAUAUUAGUUUAUUAAUUCCACAAAUCUCAAGUUUAAUUUACUUUCUACUUUUAUUUUAAAUAAAAUUAAAACUUUGUAAAUCAACUUGGCAAUAUUUUUUAAGAGAUCAUCCUGGUGCUUAUUCCAAAUAUAAGUUCAUACUUAGGAAUAAAAUUAAAUUUAUUAAAGUACAAGACCAUAUCAAGUUUACUACAAUAAAGUAAUGAAUAAUUAUAGAUCUCAAAUAUUGCAAACAAGAUCUACUGAAUCCAAAUGUUGGGAUUUCAUAAAAAUACUCCUUUAUGUUAUUCUGCAUUCAUAGGUUUAAGAAUUAGAGAUAUAUAAAUUCUAAUUUCAAACUUGAAUAUAAUUGCUUGUUGGUUUUAAAUAUUGUUUAUUAAUGUAAAAUUAAUUAUAUAUCUGUGCCUUACAUUGUUUGAUUCACUGAGCUGUAACGUGUAUUUUUCCUGCUGGUUGUUAUGGCACUUAGAAAUGUAAUGUUUGUUCCUUGUAGAUUUCGCACUACUUUUUUGUAUUUUACAUAUUUUUUUAAUAAGUAGUAUUGAUUAGGUUACUUUUCAGAUUCAUUCAAGUUGAACAAGUCUUCUCUUACUGAUAAUUGUUUCAAUAUGAUGAAGUAUUGUUUUAAGAUACCUCACAAAAACUUGUGAUAUGUAUUAAUUUCUCUUGUUAUUUAUAUUUUUCUAAAGAAUUAGUAUUAGCAACUAACACUUUUUUGUAGCACAAAAAUACUUUCUGCAUUUUUAUAAUUUUUUAUUGAUAUUUAAUUAUCAAGGUUCUUUUAAUUUUAUAUUGACAGAAAUAAAUUGUAACUACAUAUUAAGAAAUAAAGGUUUAUAUAAUGGCCUAUUUCUGAGUUGUGCUUAGUUUUAACUAGUCUUGCAAUAUUCAAGUUCGUAGUUAAGACUGAAUUAUCUUUUACUCAGCAAAUGGCUCAUAAGAUUUCUCUGGUUGUUGAUUCUAAAUGUUUGUAAGUAUUGUAUGUUUAAGUGUCAUUUAAAAAAUUAACUGUUAAUAUUGAUGUCUAUAAUACUUGGAACUGAUACUUUUUAUGUUAGUUUUAAUGAUAAAUAUUAUAGUAUUAUGAAACAGAAAGCUCAAUUGUGUACAGGCCAAUUUAUAUAUUGAUGUCAUUAAUGUAAAAAAAAGUAGUAAGUCACUAGUGGCACUUUAUUAAUGUCUAUAAUUUUAAAAGUAACAUAUUAGUUACCAAAAUACUUUGUAUUGUAAUAUAUUUUCAAUGGAGAGUGUGAGGGUAUCUUUCCCUAUUAUUUUAUAAUAUUUUUUACAAAUUUAAAAGUCCUAAAUGAAUGUAUCAUAUUCCACUUGUAAGUGAGGCAAAUAGCAGAAUGGUGAGAUAAGGUGUUAUCUGUAUCGUCUAUGAAUUGAUGUUCAUAAUAAAAAUUUAUUUACUAAAUUG